AUGAACCGUAUCGCCACCCGACAGAGUGACAUGACCCAAACGGCCGUAAACCGCGCCUACACGAUACAGUGUGGCAGGUGUCAGGCUGUUAUUGAGUAUGACACUCACGCCGGCUGGCCCACGAUCAGCCUCCUUGUCAACGAGCACUUGGGCACCUGUCCAGCCAAGCUCGACUUCCAUGAGCCUGCCCCAUCUCACCUCCCUUCCGAAACAUAUGGCACAGAGAACGCACCGAGUCAUAACUUUGAUGACAACAUGGGUGCCGAUAACAGCAAGCACGAUAUUCAAGUUAUCGCGGGCUGUCGCAAACUGAAAACCGAGGCUCGGAGGAAACGGGAGCUCGAAGACGACGAGUACACCUACAGUGUACGCCCUACAUCCGUCAGGUGCCACGGAUGCGAGAAGGAGAUCAGUUUGGACAAGCGCUCCAGAUACUAUCCUGGACUUUGGAGUAAACACAGAAGGAAAUGUCGAGGAAUCCAAAAGAUGGAGAAAGAUAAGCUCGACAAGCCCGCCACAAGUGGAGACAGUGUUUGUCCGUGGAGUGCAGGACGACGCUCAACAGCCUCUAGUUCAUUUGAAAUACAUAAUCCCCGGGCUGACGAUGUUUUGCGAGUGGCGAACUCUAGUGAAAGCAACGUCUCAAGACAAACGGAACUGUCGGAUGACGAAGACCCGGAAGAGGGAGAUCAGGAUAUUCCUUUCAGCACAUUGAACGAGCAAUUUUAUAAUGAGUGCUUGCAAAGGGGAGAUAGGCCAUGGGCGUACCGUUACUCUACCACGAAGGAGAUCAAGGAGAGAACAAUCGGUACUGUUUACUUUGAUACCGCGAUAACAUGGAGCAUGACCUUCGAUCUUGCGUGCGCCAUGAUCCACACACCUACUUGGCCGUACUAUGCGGCUGCCAAUCUCAAAGGUGCUGGAUUUAAGUGCUCGGAAGGAACCGGUACCACCUGGCACUUUUCUUUGUCUUUGCUUUGUCUUUCGGAUUCUUCUCGUGACUCGCCGUUUAAAUUUGUUCCCGGCCCGCUGGCUCGAAUCUACGCAGGGUAGAAAACUGACUUCUACCAGACAAUCACAUUGUAUACUACACAUGCAG